ACAGUGGGCUCAACUCGGGCCAACAUUUAGUGGAUCAUCGCGCGUCCGGACCGCCACGGGUACCCCGCAUAUACUUCUUUGCCUCGGGUCUAUUUUGCCAGGGUCUUUAGCCAGGGCAACGGAAGGGUAAUCCCCCUCAAUGUUUUGCUCAAUGGCUGGCUCCAAUCCCUGCACCAUCUGCCUGAAUAAUAUGCGAUCGCGGUGGAGUUAUUAAAACGAACGUGGGAUGUCCUUGUCUGGGCUUUUACCCUGCAACUUUUGAUAUUGUGCAACCGGUGCACCCUCCAUCUUCGUCAUGCAUGGUCUGCUCCUCCCCCAUUGCCUCUCUCACCAAUGGUGAUAAGAAAGUUGGGCAUCCCUCUAUAAUUACUGCUUCGUGAAUUUCCCUCACCGCUAUCACGAUGUCAGGCCCAAAAUCAAGACUAGCUCGAAUUGCUUCCCAUUUCUUGCCAGCGUCCCCCGUACCAGAGCAAGUCACUACAGACACCGGAGCCCAUCGGUUCAAUCACCACAGUCUGUCGCCUACAUUUUUUCUGCAGCGUGCGGCGGAAAUUGAACCAAAUGCUGAAGCCAUUUAUCAUAUAACAGCCAAUGGACAGCUUCUGAGACGCUCUUAUCAAGAAGCUGCAGAUAGAGCUCGUGGCUUGGCAUACUACAUUAAACAGCAUGGUUGGAAGCGUGUCGGAAUCCUCUGUCCCAACACUCCUGCGCAUUAUGAAUCUAUUUUCGGGAUCGCAGCUGCUGGAGCCAUUCAAGUCGCGGUCAAUUAUCGGUUAAAGGCAACCGAUAUAACAUAUAUAUUGGCCCAUGCGGACGUAGAGGUAAUCAUUGUGGAUGCAGAGUUUCUGCCUUUGAUUGAAAAAUACCGUGGCGAACACCCUGCAGUUCCUAUCAUUGUUGAUACCGACACCGAUGCAUCCGAGGGACAAUUGUGUGGUCCAUUUGACGAUGCCAUUCGAGAAGGAUUACUGCAUGAUCGGCAAAAUGGCAGCCAGGGUUGGAGUGGGCUCAAUGCCCAGGUGGCUGACGAAGAGGAUGUGAUUGCACUCUCCUACACAAGUGGGACGACUGCGCGACCAAAAGGGGUUGAGUUGACGCAUCGUGGUUGCUACUUAGGCGCUCUUGCCUGUGUCAUAGAGUCAGGUCUGAAUGCACAUUCACCUCGUAGCCGAUUCUUGUGGACGCUUCCCAUGUUCCACGCCGCUGGAUGGACCUUUCCAUGGGCAGUCGCCUCUGUACGUGCAACCAAUUACUGUCUGCGGAAGAUUGAUUAUCCUGAAAUAUGGAGGUUGCUCAAAGAGGAGCAUAUCACCCAUUUCAAUGCUGCUCCUACAGUAAACAUUCUUCUUUGCGCUGCCAAAGAGGCAGAACACUUGCCUUCGCCUGUUAGGGUCACUGUGGCCGCCAGCCCGCCGACACCACAUCUAUUUCAGCGAAUGAUGGAAUUGAAUCUGCAUCCUGUCCACAUGUAUGGAAUGACUGAAACUUAUGGUCCUACGUGCAAAAGUUACCAUCUUGAAGAAUGGCAAAACUUGCCGCGAUUGGAAAAGUUUUCGAAAAUGGCACGCCAAGGCCAAGGAUAUAUUACCAGCUUGCCUGUACGGGUAGUGAAGAGAGAUACACCAGAGGGCGUCAUUCUUGAUGUCCAAAGAAACGGCAAAGAGAUUGGCGAGGUUGUCUUCACGGGCAACAUAUGCGCAAAGGGAUAUUAUAAAGAUCCAGAAGCAACACGCAAGCUCUUCGCCGGCGGAGUGCUGCACUCAGGUGAUCUUGCUGUCUGGCACCCUGACGGUGCUAUACAGAUCUUGGACCGUGCUAAGGACAUAAUCAUCAGCGGAGGAGAGAACAUCUCUUCUGUCGCAUUGGAGAGUAUGCUUGCAACACAUCCAGAUAUCCUCGAGGCUGGUGUUGUAGCGGUAGCUGACUCCCAUUGGGGAGAACGACCUAAAGCUUUUAUCACGGUGCAGACUGGAAAACAAGUGAAGGGCGACGACGUCAUCAGUUGGGCCAAGCAUCAAAGCGCAAUUAGCAAGUUUAUGGUUCCGCGGGAGGUUGAGGUGGUCAAGGAGCUGCCCAAGACGAGCACAGGAAAGGUAAAGAAACACGUGCUACGUGAAUGGGCCAAGGGGGGUGAUCGAAGCAUAUGACGGCUUUUUUUUUCGCUAUCUGAUAAUUGUUGUUAAUCCAAAGAGGUAUUUGUGCAUGCAUUGCUAAGGCUACCGGAGGGAGAUGAAGCUGAAGAGCAAUGGAUGAUCGGCCGCUCGCAAGGUGAUUGAUACAUUUCGGGUCCGAAAGAUACUCCAGCGACGGGCAGAAGAAGAGAAAAAUGACCGAUGCGCAUGGACAGCUGUGGGGAUCGACGUAACUUUUUGUAUGGUAGGGCAAACGACAUGAACAGUUUGCGCAGUUAUAUAUACACAAUGUGCAAUGACGAUAAUGAUAUGGAUCUGAAAGUGACACGA